AGUUUUUUUUUUUUUUUUUUUUUUUUUUUAAAGAGGGCGUUUUUCCAAGACCUCCGGAAACACGCCCACUUUACGUCGUGGUAACGAAACCCCUGGAAUUUAGGGAAUGGCGUUUAUCCGACACACCGAAAAUUUAGUGGCGCAGCUUUUAGACAUACAGCGGUAACAGCGCUGAAACUUAAACCUUUCUAUAAAUUCAUUUUAUAUAAGUUGUACGAGGGUUAAUGAGUAGACAGACUAACAGUUGUUAUAUUUACGCUUUUAAUUUCUUUUACAUUUUAAAAAGGAGAGUAAAUCAAGUUAAAGACAACAUAUUAAUUUGACAAAGCAGUUGCUCUUCAGAGUAGCGGAAUAAAGUCAGUAUAAUUACACCAGGAGUUAUUAUUUGAGCCAUUAUAAAGAACGAAUAUUUCACAUUUGUGGACCGGGGAGGGGAAGCAGUUCACCGUCAGACCAACACGGUCAACGCUGCGCUCCUAUGAAAGGGUUUACGGCUCCAAGGCUACAGGUAACAGGAAACAGGAAACGGUAACAGGUACCAAAGCACACGCCCCAGUUUCACGUGAGAGAGAAAGCACGCGCUAAAAGCCGGCCGAGGAUUACAAUUUGUAUCAUGACUGAUAUUAUCACCGGCAUCUACAUCAUCAACUUUGUCUGUCAAGACCAUUUUUCUAAAAAUGGUUACACUUAUCCAGUGUCCCCUAACAUACCGCCUGCUGUUCUUCAAAACAAGGACUGUGAGAAAGCCUGGUACUGGAAGGCUCCAGGUGAUGGAUCGGAGUUGGAGUAUUUAUCAGAUGGACAACUUCAUGUAAACCAAAGCAGACACCCGCUGGUUGUUGAUGUGAGCGAGAAAAACAUCACAAUCACUAAAUGUGUCGAGCUUCGCCAUAACGUAACGUGUCAUGGAUCGAAUCAAAAGUUUCAACACCUUUACCAAGUCACUGACCACAACGCUAUCAACUCCACCAGCUCCCACAACGCUAUCAACUCCACCAGCUCCCACAACGCUAUCAACUCCACCAGCUCCCACAACGCUAUCAACUCCACCAGCUCCCACAACGCUAUCAACUCCACCAGCUCCCACAACGCUAUCAACUCCAUCGCCAUCGCGUUCCCCAUCAUCAUCACCAUCAUCAUCACCAUCAUCAUCAUCAUUGUAGGGAGGAGAAACAGAUUCUGGAGAAGAUUGAGAGGCUGCUGUAAACAAACAGAAGAACAAAAUAACAAUAUCCCACUGAAGGAUCUUGAAGCAGGCAGCAACCAUGAAAUGCAACCACUGAAUAUUGAUAACCCAAACCGUGACCACGCUGUGAGUGCUGAUCAGAACGGUGAUGCUGUGAGGAUGUCGAUACAAGAUCAGACAUCAGAGAGUGAUGAAGGACCUCGAUUACUAAGCAACCAAAAUAACGCGGAUUGUGCUACGGUGAACAUGAACGGCUAUGAAAAUGACGGGAUGAAGAAAUGUACUGUAGAAGAUCAAACUGCUGAAGAUGAUCGACGUUGGUCCAGUGUUGAUUCCAGGCCAGAGUUUCCAGCCUGCCCUGAUCCUGCCCCCCAUAUCGAUGACAUCAUCACUAAUCGACUAUAUAAAGAGGAAGAAGAAGGAGCAGGGUGUUAGUAGUGGUGGUUGAUUGUUGUGUUAGUUCUUGUUCUGGUUUUGACUCUGAGCUGGUUUACCCUUGGAAUUGUUGCUGUUACAUUUUGUAUAUACACAUAGCACUGUAUAUUAUUCACAGAUUCACUGGCAGUAGGGGUCUGGCUGCCUCUUUUCUUUGGGAGUGGGUUCCUUUCCCCCAUGUGUGUUUUGGUAGGGAGUUAGGGAAGUUCCACUGUAUUUUUAUUUUCUUUGCUUUCAGGUAAGGAUAGUUGUCUAACUAUUAGACCUUUUUUGCCCCUUUUCCACCGAGGCAGUUUGAGUACUGGUUCAGAGCCUAAUUUAGACGCAAUUCUUUCUGUUUCGACCGGGAAAAGUGGUUCUUAAGUAGUACCAAAACGUUGCUGGUCUAGACUUAAG